GGGCUGUGAUGGUAAAGCAGCAUGAGAUGGAUGUGAAGGAGUGAGCAAGCUGUGGGAAUUAUUAUUGGGUGUUUAAUCUCAGUUAUCCAUUAAUUUGCCGUUAGAAGAAUCUGGAAACAUUUUACUUAAGCUUUCUGUUCCUUUCCCCUCAUAAUACUUGUCUGUGACCAAGGGGAAUGCUUCUGUGCUUGUCAGUAAAGCUGCCAUUUUGCAUCUAGAAUGUCAAGUACAGCAUUGUUUUAGUGAUUUUUUUGCUUUUCUGCCUUGCUUGGUCUUGGGGGGAUUGAGAACAGGAGUGAUUGUAUACUGAGAUACAUCCUCCCACACGUGAUGUGCAUCUUUCAGUGUGUGGAUAUUGUUCAGUUUGUCUCUGAAUUACAUGCCUGGACUCUAACCCUGCCCUCCUGUCUCACCGCUCUGUUCUCUGACAAGGGAAUUCUCACCGUGCAGUUCUGGCUGCAGGAAUGUGGUAGAUAAUGUGUGAUAGGUUAUCUGUGUAUACAGAAAGCAAUGUGCUGUGCAGUCCCAGCAUGCUGUUUUCAUUUGCUUAAAAUUAUUUCUUAUGAAGUAGCCCUUCUGUUUGGAAAUCAUAUAGUUCUAAUAGGAAACCAAUGGGUGUGGAGCAGAGCGUAAGGGUAGAAUUGACAGGAUGCUACUUGUAUUUUAUUUUCAAGUUUCGAGUGUUUAUUUGAUUGAAAAUCAGUUGGUUGUUGUAUUUUUCUUUUCUCAAACCUUAAAAGAUUCAGGGUUGGAUGAUGUUUUCUUAAUUCCCUCAUAGGUAUCGGCCUAAGUUUGGUGAAGUGUGUAGUUGAAAUGAAAUUAUCCAUUUGGUUACAGUGAUAUUCUCCCCUCCUUCCUUCUAUUCUUUUAGACCUAGACCUCAUCAUUUUCUAUAGAGUUGAAUUCCAAGAAGGCAUUAAUUGCUGGGAAAAGGGUAACAUGGUGAUGUUUGUUAAUUUUGGGUUUUCUUUGCUUUUUUUUUUUAAAAAAAAAAAAGUGUAUUUUGCCUCUGAUUUAUUUGGGAAUAAAAGGAUAUUCACGUUAGGAGGCAAAAUGAUUGCAAUUAUGUUGUAUUUGUAUCCUGCUCUCAUGUUGCUGUGCUGUACUUACGUAUUAGGUGCACUCAUUUUAUCUGUCCUUCAUGUGUUGAACCCCCUGCCACUGCUGGUGCCGUUCUUCUAACCCUUUUUGUUUCAGAUAUGGCUCUUUUUACUGUGACCAUUUAAACAGAGCUCAAUAUUUGGAAUCUGAUUGUCUUAAUAAAAAAUGCUUUUGCAUACAUCAGUAUAUUUUUGUAUCCUGUAUUCAAGAAUAGCUGCAUGGAACUUUACAAAUUCAGUGGGGUUUUUUUUGUUUGUUUGUUUUUGUUGUUUUUUCUUUGCUAAAAUACAGAAUGGAACAGUCCUGAAACAGGAUGGUGCUCAGCUAGCCUAGGGGUGAUGUUUGCUUUCUAACUUCAAUGAUUUAUCCUGUCAGACUUUGUAACUACUGCUGCACAUUGAGCUGUCCACAAUGACUCCUAAUUAUUUUUUCUCAGAAGACUGGACUAAUUUGAACUCAUCAAGUAUUUAGAUAAAAUCAUUUCUUCUUGUGUGCAUUACAUUGUAUUUAAUUGCAUUUCAUCUGUUGUUGUAUUACUCGAUUUUCUAACUCUAUUAGAUCUUUCUGGAAAUCUUUCUCCUCUACAAUUUUUACUAACCCAAAUAAUUUCCUACUACUGGCGAAUUCUCCAGUUUCACUGUCUGCUUCCAUCCUCUAGAGCACUAAUUAAUAUUAGCCACUGUUUUUAAUGUCUGGUAUAUACACCACAUGGUUAUCUUUUGCUCUCUGAGUGCUUGGUUAUCUGAACCUUGCUUGGGAGAUGGCCUUCAGAUCACCAAUGGCUUGGAGGAGGAGUCAGUAGAGCUGAGCUGGGGAGUGGCUCAAGUGCAAGUACACAGCAUUAGCUUCCUUCUGUUGUGUAUAAGGGAGCUGAAGCAGUCACUAAAAGCUAUUUCCUUCAUAGAAAGUGCACCGAUGUCAGACCGAUAAGUGAGGUCUCAUCACUGAAUUACAGUGGGAUUCAGAUCAUGUAUUUCCACCAUGGUACAAGGAAAAUAAGAACAGGUAUUAUCAAAGUGCCAGUUGUAAAAUUUAGGCUGCAGUGGUGUUAUAUUUUGUAUACAAACAUAUGUUAUCAUCAAUUCCUUCUGCUGUAGAAUGGAAGCUUACAGUCUGAAUGCUAUGGGAGCAUAUGCUGAUCGGACUGGUGAUGUUUUGUACUAAUCCAACCUGCUGGGGGCUAGAUUAGGUAUCUGUUCUUCUGGUUGUGUGAAUGAGCUUUCUGUCACUUGUGGCUCGUGUUUGGGUGUUAGAAAUUAGCUACUUGUGCGCGCGUUGAACAGAAUAACCCAAGGAUAAGAGCAGAAAGGUAGGAGAUUAGUGCUUGGCUAAUCAUUCUGUACUGACUACUGAGCUCCAGAAUGGAAGUUGCUGUAAAGUAGUUGGGUUUUUGAGUGGUAUUUAAAUUGUUCUGCAGCUGGCAGGCUUUCUCAAAUUGGUUGUUUUUUAUGUGUUGUUGGGUGUUUGUUUUUUUUUUUUUGGUGCAGAUUGGUAGCCCUUAAAAAAUGGACAGUAGUUGUUAGAGCCCAUUUUGCCCUUUUUGUACAGUCCAUCUCAAGUGCCCAAUAUCAUGCUUUAUUUUUAUACUGUUUUGUUUUCUGUAUUCAGUAACUCCUUUCUUUAUCAGGUAAGAUAAGUUGUGAGUUAUUAUUUGUCAAACUUGCAUUCUGUUUUCUUCAAAAUCUGUUUUUAAUGAAAAGUAGUUACUACUUUAUAAACUUAAGAAUUGUAUCGCAGCAUCGUUUGUUUUUUUUUUCCAAUACUCAGCCAGUCCCAAAUAGUUGUACAGUACAAACCAGUAAUAAAUGCAGAGUGUGGAUGCUCUCAGGAUGGUUUCCAGUAGGUUCUCAUAUGUAACAAUGAAAAAAACAAGAGGAAAAGAAGAAAUGGAACUCUCAUUUUUAGAUGCAUUUCUGAAAAUGGGAGUUUUUAGUGGGCAGAACCUGUUUCUGGGAGACUGGCGAAGUAACGUCAAAAGAUUUUUUCACUUGAAGUCACUUGAGCUGUUGCACAAAGGUACAUGACAAGAAUCUGUGCAGUGUAUUGUUUGCUACCGAAAUGAAUAACGCUGUAUGAUCUUUCCUGGAGGGAAGCUGAAGAAUCCAAAGCAGUUCAUAAAUAAAGUAAAAAUUUGUCAUUACCGCUGUUCUAUUGACUAGUUUGAAACAGAAGCAUUCCUUGUAAUUAAAGACAUUUCACUCAUUUAUGACUUUUUUUUUUUUAAUUUCUUCAUCACCUCUGCAGCAACUCUUGCAACGUGUAUCAUGCUAUUUUGUUUAUGUGAGUUCAGUGUCAAUAGGCCCAGACUGAAGGAUUUUACAGUUUUGCUUUCUUUUUUGGUUGAAGUAGUACAAAAUGUCAAAAAUUAGAAGGAAGGUCACAGUGGAAAAUACCAAGACCAUAUCCGAUAGCACAUCCAGAAGACCCAGUGUGUUUGAAAGGCUUGGACCCAGCACUGGAAGUACUGCAGAGACACAGUGCCGUAACUGGCUGAAGACUGGCAACUGCCUCUAUGGGAACACAUGUAGAUUCGUACAUGGCCCUUCACCACGAGGUAAAGGCUAUAGCAGCAGUUAUAGAAGGUCACCAGAAAGGCCUACUGGAGAUCUCCGGGAAAGAAUGAAGAACAAACGCCAAGAUGUUGAGGCUGAGCCACAGAAACGAAGUACAGAGGAAUCGUCCUCUCCUGUUAGGAAAGAGUCUUCACGAGGAAGACACAGAGAAAAGGAAGAUAUCAAAAUUACAAAGGAGAGAACACCAGAAAGCGAAGAGGAAAAUGGAGAUUGGGAAGCAAAUAGAGAAGACUCUGAUAAUGGAGAUGUUAACUAUGAUUAUGAUCAUGAGCUGUCUUUGGAAAUGAAGCGCCAAAAGAUUCAGAGAGAACUCAUGAAGUUGGAACAGGAAAACAUGGAGAAACGAGAGGAGAUCGUCAUUAAAAAGGAGAUUUCUCCAGAGGUGGUUAGGUCUAAAUUAUCACCAUCGCCAUCACCAAGAAAGUCUAGCAAGUCUCCAAAACGAAGGUCUAGUCCAAAGUCUUCCUCUUCGUCUAGUAAGAAAGAGAAGAAGGCAUCUACUGUAUCUUCCCCACUUUUGGAUCAGCAAAGGAGUUCUAAAAGUAAUCAGAGUAAAAAGAAAGGUCCUCGUACCCCAAGUCCUCCUCCUCCAGUACAAGAGGAAACUUCCUUAGGAAAAAAACACAAAGAAAAGCAUAAAGGCAAAGAACGUUUAGAUGAAAAGACAAGGGAGGUGAAAGAGAGAGGGCGUGACUUUGAAAGGCACAAAGAGAAAAAAGAGAAGCAGAGAGAUCCUUCUGAAGGUUCCCAUAGACAGAAGCGUUCUCCCAGUCCUGCAGAUCAUUCUGGCAGUAAUUCCUCUCCUUCCAGGGAGUAUUCACCACCUGCUGCGAGGCGACGACAAGUCUCACGAGCCCCGGUGAAAUCAACUACUCACAAGCAUAACUUCUCACCCUCUCGCAGAUCUGCUUCUCCAUCUGGCCAGCGUCAUUCUCCCAUAUCCUCUAGACAUCACUCUUCUUCAUCACAGUCAGGUUCCUCUGUUCAAAGACAUUCUCCUUCCCCACACCGCAAAAGAACUCCUUCUCCCUCCUAUCAAAGGACAGCUUCUCCGCAUGCAAGGCGAUCAUCUUCCCCCUACCCCCCACGUUCUUCCUCUUCUCCUCAGAGGAAGCGAAGCCCUUCAAGGCACCGAUCCCCUGGAAGAGAAAAGGGAAGGCACGAUCGAGACCGAACUUCACAGUCUCAUGACAGGCGCCACGAAAGGCGGGAUGAAACUAGAGGGAAAAGGGAAAAAGAAAGAGAAACAAGAGAUGAUCGUGAUUAUGACCAGGAGCAGAGUACCUCCAGGGAUCAUAGAGACGAUAGAGAAUCUCGUGAUGGAAGAGAUCGGAGGGACACAAGAGAUAACAGAGAUCGGAGGGAGACGAGGGAAUCCAGAGACACUCGAGACUCUAGAGACACAAGAGAUUAUAGCAGAGAUAACAAAGAUAGUCGUGAUCAAAGAGACUCACGUUCCACGCGAGAUUCUCACGACUACAGAGACAGAGAAAGUCGGGAUGCCCAUAAAAAGGAUGACCAGUACCAGGAGGACUCACGCAGCUAUGGAAGGUCCCAUGGCAGAGAGGAGAGCUCUCGUGCUGAAACAAGGAAUGACUCCAGAAGUGAUUCCAGAAAUGAGAGCAGAAGCGAUCGAACUGGCAGAAGUCGAGGCAGAGGUCCAGAAUUAUCUGACAAAGGAAGUCGGGGGACUAGAGGAUCCCAGGUUGAUGGUCACAGCAGUAGUGGAAACUACCAUGACAGUUGGGAAUCAAGGAGUAGCUACCCUGAUCGGGAUCGCUAUGAUAGUCGAGACCAAGCAAGGGAUUCCUCCUUUGAAAGAAGGCAUGGUGAACGGGACAGGCGGGACAACAGAGAAAGAGAUCAGAGAGCAAGCUCACCAGUACGGCAUCAAGGACGAAGUGAUGACCUCGAGCGGGACGAAAGACGAGAUGAACGAAGGGUAGACCGAAGUGAUGAUAGGAGAGAUGAAAGGGCCCGGGAGAGAGAGCGAGAAAGAGAGAGGGACCGAGAGAGGGAGAGAGAAAGAGACCGGGAACGAGAGAGAGAGAAGGAAAGGGAGUUGGAACGAGAUCGUGCUCGGGAGCGAGAGAGGGAGCGAGAGAGGGACAAAGAUAGGGAUCGUGAGCGUGAUCGAGACCGGGACCAUGACAGAGAAAGGGAACGAGAAAGAGAAAGAGAGAAGGAGAGAGAGCGAGAGAGGGAGGAACGAGAGAGGGAGAGAGAGCGUGAAAGAGAUCGCGAGCGGGAACGAGAAAGGGAGCGAGGUCGAGACAGGGAUAAAGAAAGAGAGCGCCAGAGAGACUGGGAUGACAAAGACAAAGGGAGAGAAGACCGCAGGGAUAAGAGAGAAGAUAUUCGAGAAGAAAGAAGCUCGAGAGAUGUCCAUGAAGAAAGGAAGUCCAAAACCCUCAAGGAAUUUGACUACAAAUAUUUGCUCUGCAGGAAGCGUCACAGAAAUGAAAGCAGUCCAAGCCCUCGUCAGUCACCCAAACGUCGCCGUGAGCACUCUCCUGACAGUGAUGCUUACAACAGUGGAGAUGAUAAAAAUGAAAAGCACAGACUUCUGAGCCAGGUUGUGCGACCACAGGAGUCCCGGUCACUGAGUCCCUCUCACAUUGCAGAAGACAGACAGAGCCGCUGGAAAGAAGAAGAACGAAAAUCAGACAGAAAGGAAAGUUCCCGGCGUUACGAAGAACCAGAGUUUAAAGAGAGAAUUUCUUCAUCAGAUAAGCAGAGAGAGCAACCAGAUUCUUCAGAGGGCUCCCGGUCCAGAGUUCAGGAGAGUCUUGGACGCCGUCCCUCUGAAGAAAGAGAUGCUUCUGAUAGAAUGCACGAUGACAGCAAGAAGAAGUCUAAAAUACAGAAAAAGGCCACAAAGAAAAAGAAAGAAGAUGACAGUGGGGUGGAAAGGUACACUAAUGAAUCAACGACUGAAGAAAGCCAGGUCUUUUCUCCCAAGAAAGGUCAGAAAAAGAAAAACGUGGAGAAAAAGCGGAAGAGAUCCAAGGGUGAUUCUGAGGUUUCUGAUGAAGAAAUUGUUCCACAUCAUAAAAAGAAGAAAGGCCCGAGAACCCCUCCUGUCACAAAAGAGGAAUUGGUUGAAGCACCACCUGAGAAAGCUGUGGCAGAAGUCCCCCAGAAAAGAGAAGAGACGACAUUUAGUGACUGGUCCGAUGAAGAUGUCCCAGAACGUGGUGACAUUGUCGUUCCAGAAAGAAGCACUGAGGAGUCCCAUAGAAAAAGUCACAGGAUGAGAGUAGAAAAGGUGGAAGCCCCACAUGUUACUAUAGAUGAUGGAUCACAUCGUAAACCUGUGGAUCAGAAGCGCAGCAGCAGUCUUGGUAGCAAUCGGAGCCAUGCCUCAAGCAGACUUCGAUCCCCUUCCAAUGAGUCAGCUCAUCGCAGUGGUGAUGACCAGACUGGACGGAAGAGGAUCCUGCACAGUACCUCUAGGGACAGGGACAGAGAGAAGAAAAGCUUAGAAAUCACUGGGGAACGAAAGUCCAGAAUUGAUCAGUUGAAAAGAGGGGAGCCCAGUCGCAGCACGUCUUCAGAUCGUCAAGAUUCAAGAAGCCACAGUUCAAGAAGAAGUUCUCCUGAGUCAGAUCGUCAGGUCCACUCCAGAUCUGGGUCCUUUGACAGCAGGGAAAGGCUUCAGGAGCGAGAUCGACAUGACCAUGAUCGAGAGCGAGACAGAGACAGGAGAGAGGGGAGACAGAGAGACUGGGAUCGAGACCGAGACAUCGACAAAGACUGGCCAAGGAGCAGGGAGAGGGAGAGACUCCGAGAACGCGAGAGAGAGAGGGAGAAGAGAAGGGAGCUGGACAGAGAGAGAGACAGACAGCUGCCUGAUACUGCUGAAAGAGAGAGGGACAGAACUCUGGACAUUUCCUCUCAAAAAGAAUCAACAAAGCACGGUGAAACAAAAUUGGACAGAGAUCACGAAAAAGAAUUUGACGGUGUUUGUCGAGAUUCUGCAGCUUCAGAGAAGGAAAGACCAGACAAAGAUCUAGGAUCGUUACAAGGUUUUGAAGAUGGAAAUGAGGCUGAAAAGGUAGAGAGUCUAGAAGGAGGAGAAGAUGAAGCAAAGAUUGAUGAUGUACAGUCACUGGCAUCUGGUGCUGGAGAAUACGAACCAAUCAGUGAUGAUGAACUGGAUGAAAUUCUGGCAGGUGAUGCAGAAAAGAGGGAGGAUCAACAAGAAGAUGAGAAGAUGCCUGAUCCUGUGGAUGUUAUAGAUGUUGAUUGGUCCAGUCUCAUGCCAAAGCAGCCAAAAGAACCACGAGAGGCUGGGGCUGCACUCUUGAAGUUCACGCCAGGUGCUGUUAUGUUGAGAGUUGGCAUUUCCAAGCGAUUGGCUGGACCAGAACUCUUCACUAAAAUUAAAGAGACAUGCCAGAAAGCACUAGAGAAACCUAAAGAUGCAGAAAACCUCUUUGAACAUGAACUGGGAGCCUUGAACAUGGCUGCACUCCUACGAAAAGAGGAGAGAGCAGGUCUUCUCAGCAAUCUGGGUCCUUGCUGUAAAGCUCUGUGCUUUAGAAGGGAUUCUGCAAUUCGUAAGCAGCUCAUGAAGAAUGAAAAGGGUGCAACAAAACAAACUUACACAAAUGCUGCAGCAAUGGACAGUGACUUGUUAAGGUUGAGUCUGCGGUUAUUCAAACGCAAGACUGUGUGCCAAGUUCCUGGGCAGGAAAAGACAGAGGAUAGUAAAAUUCCACAACCAGCUAUCCAGCAGGAAGUGUGUGUGUCUUAAGCAAAUGGCAACAGUGGCUCUUUCUAGUUGAUACCCCACUACCAGUGUUGUUGGUAUUGAUGUUUUAGAACUGGUUGGUUGGAAAGCAUCUGUAGAAGAUGGAAGAAAAGACUCAAUUUGUAUGCAGAAUUCAUAAUUUUGGAUGUGAAUAAAUGUGGUAAAAAAGAAAGACUUCUGUGUGAAGUUCUCUGCAAGUUUUGUAGUAUGCCUCUUACACUAACAAAAACCUGUUUUAUGGUGCAUCAGGUGUAAUAAUGUGAAGAUGUCUGGUUUUAGCAGUUUAUAACACUGCCUGAUAAUAAACUGAAGAAAACUGUA